AUGGCUUUUAUCGACAUCGGCAAGGAUCUGCCGACCCUGUUUAAACAACAAGCGCAGGCGACGCCUGAUGCCAUCGCCCUGGAAGAUGACGCCAUCACAUACACCUAUGGGCAACUCGACAGCGAGGUCGAAGCGCUCGCUAGUCGGUUGCGCCUGUUUGGCGUCAGUCGGGACUCGCUCGUCGGCGUGCUCCUGCCUCGCAGUGCUCACUAUGUGAUUGCCUGCUUGGCAGCUCUGCGCGCUGGCGGUGCCUUCCUCGUGCUGGAGUUGGCUUAUCCCGCGGGUCUGCUGGCGGACGUCAUCAGCGAUGCCAACCCCGCUGUGGUGAUCACCCACCAGAGCGAGGUCGAGAAGGUCAAGGCGCAAUGCCCACUGAUUGUCCUGGAUAAGCCAGCGGAAGAGAUUAAUGGCCAUGCUAAAGAGGCAGCUCCUCUACCGGCUGAAGACGAUUUGGAUCGUCUAGCCUUUGUCUCGUACUCGUCGGGCACGACGGGAAAGCCCAAGGGUAUUGCGAACCCACAGCGGGCUCCCGUACUCUCGUACAACUUGAGAUUCGGUGUACAGGACCUGCAGCCGGGGGACCGAGUGGCCUGCAAUGUCUUUUUCAUUUGGGAGAUGCUGCGUCCACUGCUACGAGGUGCUACUGUCGUGGCGGUGCCCGACGAUGCCAGUUAUGACCCGGCCGCGUUGGUGGACCUACUGGCCACCAAACGAGUCACAGAGACUCUCAUGACCCCUACUCUGCUAGCGACCGUUCUCGCUCGCUAUCCUCAAAUUGCCGCUCGCCUACCCGAGCUGCGUACUCUCUGGUUGAACGGCGAGGUGGUGACCACCGACCUCGCCCGCAAGGCCAUCAAAGCCCUCCCCAAUACCCGCCUCCUCAACUGUUAUAGCGCUUGUGAAACCCACGAAAUUGCGUGCGGAGAUAUCCGCGAAGUUAUCGACACCGAGUCUCUCUACUGCCCGGUGGGUGCUCCUCUCGACCCUGCACACACAUACAUUCUGGAUGAGAGUGGACAAAAGGUCGAGGCGGGCACGGCAGGUGAACUCUUCAUUGGAGGAGAUCUGCUGGCGCGGGAAUACCUCAACCUCCCCGAGACCACUGCCAAAGCAUUCAUGCCUGACAAGUUCGAUUCCACGCCCGGUGCGCGCAUGUAUCGAACGGGUGACUUGGCCCGCAAGUUGCCUUCGGGCCUUCUGGAAAUCACUGGUCGUGUCGGCUCGAUGAUCAAGCUCCGCGGCUACUCAGUGGUGCCGGCCAAGGUUGAGAGUGAUAUCUGCCAGUAUCUGGCAGUGAGCCAUUGCGCUGUGGUUGCGCAUGGCGAGGGACUGGAGCGCCAGCUAGUUGCAUACAUCGUGGCUGAUAAGGAGGCUGCUGGCGAGCGCCCAGCAGUGGAGAUCAACGAGACUGGACACAGCCCCGCGGCCCGUCGCAUUCUCGAGCCCUACCUUGCUCACUACAUGAUCCCUGCUUUGUGGGUUGAAUUGGGUGAGUUGCCAACGCAUGAAGUGUCUGGCAAGGUCGAUCUCAAGAGUCUCCCUCCACCUCGCAGCGCCAGCCCCAGCGGUAGCGAUCAGACGGUCGACAAGGAUCCCAUUGGAAUCAACGACAUUGCCGCGAUCUGGGCCACCGUCUUGAAAACAUCCAAGACUCUCCUCAAGCCCGAGGAUAACUUCUUCGACCUUGGUGGUCACUCUCUGUCUCUGGCUGACUUGGCCUCGCGACUUUCCAGGCAUUUUGGAUUCCGCGUCCCCAUCCCCCGUCUUGCAGAUAACACGACCCUGGCUGGUCACUUGGAGACUGUGCGCGCUGUCAGAGAUGGCCACACUGCUGCCGUGCAAGCAGACCUCCCAGCCGUCUUGCUGGCUGAUUCCACUUUGGACGAGGAUAUCAAGCCUCCUGCCAAUGCAUCCAUCACUUCGAUCGCCGAAGCGAACACCGUGCUCUUAACUGGCGCGACCGGUUUCUUGGGCGCUUUCUUGCUCAGCGAUCUGCUUGAAAACACAUCCGCUAAGAUCAUCUGUCUCGUGCGUUUCACUGAUCCGGAAGACGAUGACCAGGCUGGAGGUGUAGCCCGUAUCCGCCGAAACUUGCUAGACUUGGGCCUCUGGCGCGACACCCUAAUGGAGCGUGUCGAGAUCCUUCCGGGUAACUUGUCUCGUCCUCACUUUGGAUUGUCCUCUGAGGCAUUCGAUGAGCUUGCAGGCCGUGUUCAAGUCAUUGUUCAUGCCGCUGCUACCGUUAACCUGGUCUACCCCUAUGCUGCGCUGCGCGGAGCCAACAUCGGCGGAACUCGGGAGAUUCUCCGUCUGGCAUCCAAGGGUGGUGCUACGGUGCAGUACGUCUCUACUAAUGGUGUCUUGCCGCCAUCUGGUGAGAACGGCUGGUCCGAGAAUACCAUGAUGGAUGUGAAGGACGUUCCCACCAAGUUGCUGGAUGGUUACGGCCAAACCAAGUGGGUGGCUGAGCAACUCGUCCUCAAGGCUGGUGAGCGUGGCCUGCCUGUCAAGAUCCACCGUUGCGGUACUAUCAGCGGUCACAGUCUGACGGGUUCUGCUAAUGCAUGGGAUCUUCUGACUGCAUUGAUCGUCGAGUCAAUCCGCCUCGGCUAUGCUCCAGAGGUCGAGGGCUGGCGUGCAGAGAUGACUCCUGUGGACUUUGUCAGUAAAUCGAUCGUCCACCUUUCCACACAGACCCAGGCCGACCAGACCGUCUUCCAUCUGGGCGACCCUAACCCUGUCAACACCCGCUCCGUGUUUGAGAACUUGAAGGAGCUUGGCUAUCCCACGCAACCCCUUUCCUGGGAUGAGUGGGUGGCAUUGUGGUUUGAGAAGCGAGGCACGACCAAGGGUGGUGAUGGUUCCUUCACUGUUGAUAUUCUGCGCAGCGGUAUGCCGACGGUGGAGUUCCUCCGCGGCAUUGUCGUUCUCGAUAACUCAUUAACCAGGCCAUUCCGGGCGGUUGUGGAGCGACCCAAGGUGGAUAGUCUGCUACUGGAGACCUACACUCGCCAUUGGUUUGCGCGUGGAUGGCUUCCCCGGGCUCCUUCCCGUCAGAAUGCUCUCCACCGCGCGGUGCAGCUCACCAAGAAAGGGCCACUCAGCGGCCAGGUCGCUGUCGUCACUGGUGCAUCCUCCGGCAUUGGUGCCGCUGUGGCCGAAGCUCUGGCCAAGCAGGGCUGCUCUGUCGCCCUGGGCGCCCGCCGCAAAGAUGUCCUGGAGUCUGUCAAGCGCAAGGUCGAGUCUCACGGUGUUAAGUGUAUUAUCGUCUCAACAGACGUCACCAACAAAGCCCAGACGGAAGCGCUUAUUCAGGCCGCCAAUGACGAGCUCGGCCCAGUCGACAUUCUCGUUGCCUGUGCUGGUGUGAUGUAUUUCACCAUGAUGGCCAACGUCCAGACAGACGAGUGGGAGCGCACCGUCGACGUCAACUGCAAGGGUAUCCUCAACUCUCUAUCAUCCACCGUUCCCGGCAUGCUUUCUCGCGGCAAGGGUCACAUCGUAGCCAUCUCCUCCGACGCAGGCCGCAAGGUCUUCCCCGGUCUGGGUGUCUACUCUGCCAGCAAGUUCUUCGUCGAGGCAACUUUGCAAGCUCUUCGUCUCGAGACAGCUGGCAUGGGUCUGCGAGUUACUAGCAUUCAGCCUGGUAACACGUCCACGCCGCUGCUGGGCAUGUCUACUGAUGCCGAGGCCGUGAAGAAAUACGGAGAGCCCUCUGGCGCGAAGAUCCUCGAGCCUGCUGAUGUGGCGAACUCGAUUGUGCAUGCGUUGUGCCAGCCAGAGUAUGUCUCUGUUAAUGAGAUUUUGGUUGAGCCUCGCGAUGAGCCUAUUUAA